AAUAGGAAUCCCUCAAACUUUCACAGAAGUAGAAUGGAUAAGGCAAAAUUAGCGGGUCAGAAAGGGGCCAGUGUGUACAAUUGAACGCGGUUCACUUUCCUUCUGCUGUUAUCUGUUUGCAUUUCGAUGCGUACUUCAGGACGAACGACAGACGGACAUCGAUGAAUCUAUCAGUUCAGUCAACGGGUCGGUGAAAUUGCGGGAAAACGUUAUGUUAGUGGCUACCGACCACAUUUGGAUGUGAGCUGGAGAGGGGAACGGACGAACUGCCCACGACAAAAACACGAGAGGAAUCGCCGCACUGUCAAACAUACACGACACGAGAUGAUGGAGUGAACGACCCGUUCUCUGCACAAUCGUUCGUUUUCAGCACUUUUCACGAUCCGGGCUGCUUUUAUAAACAUGGAUUAAGGGAUCGCGUCCCAAUACAUAUACCGUAACUGUGGAAACCUACAACUCGCAUCAGACCCGCAUCACAACUUUUUGAAAAUAUUUUAUUUUCUGUUUUCGGAUCUAUACAUAAAGUCAUGAUCUGAGAGAUUUUCCUCACUAAAUGUAAUGGAAAUAUGAAACGUGAAUGUUUAAAACUGACCUGACGCCAGCCAAACUUUUACAGCCUUCGACAUGGCAAAUCGUGCAGGUUUGGUUCGGGGCUCUCGCGCACUGAUUUGGCCUUUCGCGUGCGUGCUUGUGUGUUUCAGUUAUUUUUCCAUCGCCUCUUCCAACCACGGCCGUCGGUUGAUCUGCUGGCAGGCGAUAGCGAAGUGCCACUCCGAGCCUGAAUGUCAUUACGCUUACGAUCAGUAUUUGCACGCGUGUGACUCCAUCCUGGGCGGCCGUGGGAAGAAAUGCCCAAGCCACUGCAUCUCUUCGUUGGUUCAGUUAAAUCUGACCAAAAACGGCCCGGCGCUGGAGGACUGUAGCUGCGCCUCGGACCCGCGGUGUCGGGAGACCAAACGAGCCAUUGAGCCGUGCCUGCCCAAAACCAGCAGCAUGGGCUGCACCGAAGCCCGGCGCCAGUGCGAGAGAGACGGUCAAUGCCGAAACGCCAUGGUCGAUUAUAUGCAACACUGCGGUAAACUGUUUAGCGGCACCAGCUGCAGUAACCCCUGCCGCAAUGUCAUCGCGUAUAUGCGCAAACUACCCAAAGCUCAACAAUUGGAUACGUGCGUCUGUGAUGGAAUGGAGCGGACUAUUUGCGAGUUUAUCAAAACUAGUAUGAGAACUCUUUGCUUUGACUCUCCUCCCGUUGAUGAAGAGGGCUCCAGCGGGUUGGACGAUGAUGAAUCCGAUGACGAGGAUUACCCUGUGGAUUCAGGGAUCAAGGGAAGCACAGAUUCUACUUUUAUGCCAUGUUUUGUUUUGACUGCGGUGGCAUCCAUUUUGGCACUUGUGCCGCUUCCUUGAUCACUUUCAAGUCGAGUUAAUAAUCGACUCGAUCCGACAGCUGUUCGGGAGUAGGGCAUUGUCACUUGCCCGGUUUCCUUCAGUUGUUUAAAGGCACUCGCCAAAGAGUACAAGUUAAGCUUUGCGUGACAUGCAAACGUUGUUCUUGUCCUAAAAGCGGCAGAUUGUAAAUGUGCUUUCUUUGGUACGAUACGCAUAUUUGCCGUUGUAGCAGAUUGGACCCAGGUGAACCAUGCCUUGCCUGAUCUAAGUUUUUAUAAGUGAGCUAAAAGCAAGGAUUCAAAGUACUUUUUGUCAGCCUGCCUUAAAUACAUUUGCCUGUUUCAAAUGGUCACACAUCAUUAAUUUUGUAUUUUGAAAUGUUUCAAAAACAAGCUGCAAAGCUGUGCACUGCCUAUAUGAAACUAGAUUUAUAAAUAUGUAAAGUAUUUUUAGAGUAUAAAGUUGCAAAUGACUUCGCAUAAAAAGUGUUUGAAAUGCUGGAAUAUCUAUAUGUUAGCUAGUAUGCAAGUAUUUUGUAGAUUUGCUACAGAUUAUAAAAAAACAGAGAUUUGUGAGAGAAAACUUUAUUUUUUAUCAAAAUCAAACCUUCACAACAAAGGGCAAUGACUCCAGCUUUAAAGGGAAGUUUGUUGUAAUUAUUUUUCUUUUAAGAUAUUGUACAGUGUACAGAUGUUCAGAGAAUCUUUUAAAUGUGUUAUCUAAGAUGAACUAUUUUUUUGUGUAGAAAUGUCUAAAUCCACUGUAUGACUGCCUCAGUGAUGAUCUUUAAUAGAAGGCAUAAAAAACGAAAGUAUACAUUCAAAA